AUGGCAAGCUACCAGACCAGCCUCGACGAGCGCUACACUUUCAUCAAGCCCGCCGGAAAGGGAACCUACGGCACCACCUGGAUGGCCGAAGACAAGACCACCGGCCGCAAGGUUGCCAUCAAGGCAAUCAGCAAAGAAACCACUACCCGAUCCUGCUUCAAGAAGGAACUCAAGUACGGAAAGCACCUCUCCAAGCACCCGCACAUCAUCACUACCCACGACACUGCCUACGAGACCAAGACCUCGUACGUGAUGGUGCAGGACUUUGCUCGCGGCGGCGAUCUCUUCGACGCCAUCGAGCCCGAAGUCGGCCUCUGCGAGAACAAGGCACGGACCUACGUGUACCAGAUUGCUCGCGGACUCGAGUUCAUGCACAGCAAGAACCUAGUCCACCGCGACAUCAAACCCGAGAACAUAGUCCUCGCCGACGAGAAGGGGGCCACCGUCCAGAUCAUCGACUUCGGCAUGACCCUCCGCACCGGUGUCCACGUCUCCCGGGUCUGCGGGAGCAUCCCCUACACCCCGCCCGAGAUCUGCAACGCCUCCGACGACACGGGCUUCUCCGUGGACCCGUCCUGCGACGUGUGGUCGCUCGGCGUCCUCCUCUUCUGCAUGCUCACGGGGAGCUUCCCCUGGGAGCAGGCGACGCUCAGCGACCCCAACUACUACGAGUUCGUGCAGUGGCAGCGCGGAGUCUCUCCCAAGCCGCCGCGCAUGUGGCAGAACUUCUCCCCGCGCCUCCUCCAACUCUUCAACAAGAUGCUGGCCAUGGACGCGCAGGAGCGGUGCGAGGUGACGGAGGUGUACAAGUACAUCAACGACCCGUGGUUCGUAAACUACACCAUCCCACUCAGCGACAGCCACCGAGAGGUUGACUUCUUCCACCACCACCACCACCACCACCACAACCAGUACUCUGUCUACGACAGCUUCACAGUUGGCGGGGGAUGUGGAGACAUCAUCACUGCAAGCACACACAUGCAACUCACACCAGUAACCGCUUUCUAG